AUGGCCAAAUCCACUAGCCCUCCAAACGAUGUUCUUGGGACAUUGAACGCCAUCAAUGCCGACUCUUUCAGUGCGGAGGGCGAUCGCAUCAAUGCUCUCUUAGCCGCAUAUGCGCUAGUCAGCCGACUUGAGACCCCUUGGGAGAGAAUCGCGAGGAUGUGUAUGGGCGAGCCAGCAUUAUCAGCGAGCUUGAAGGUAGUCAAAGACCUGCGGUUAUUCGAGAAAUGGCAUGCCGAUGGCGAUGGAGCGCGAAGUGGCGAUGAGUUGGCCGCCCUGGCCAACUGCGAACGGGACCUCCUUGGCCGCAUUCUGCGACAUCUGGCUACAAACCACAUUCUGAUUGAGCCUACAGCCGGGGUAUUCAAGCCGACAACCUUUUCUCUUUCUCUUUUGCAACCUGUUUUCGGGGAAUGGAUCUCUUUUCUAUUUGAUGUCGGCAUCCCCGUCCUCCACAAAACCCCUGAGUUCCUGCAGAAGACUGGCUAUAAGAAUCCCACCGAUCCCAAGGAUGUGGCUUUUCAAUACGCUAAGGGCUAUCAGGGCGACAUGUUUGACUACUUCACCAGCCAUCCGCGGGAAGGAGCGUCAUUCAACCAUGUCAUGGGCGGGGUGAUGGCUCAUCAAGCCAGCUGGCUGGAAAUCAUCCCAGCCGAACAUUUCACGAAUGGAUCAGAUCCCAAUGGGCCAUUGGUGGUCGACGUGGGAGGAAACAUCGGCCACGAUAUCGAAAAAUUCCGCCAGGUCCAUCCAGAGACCGCACACCGACUCUACCUUCAGGACUUAACGGCAGUGGUUAAACUCGCCAAAUGUCCCGACCCGGUAAACAAAAUGGCUCACAACUUCUUCCAGCCUCAGCCAGUUCUAGGAUCUCGUAUCUAUUAUAUGCAUGCUGUUCUGCAUGAUUGGUCGGAUGAGCCGGCGCGGCAGAUUCUAAAGAUGAUCCGAGAUGCUAUGAAGCCCGGGUAUAGUAGGCUGCUCGUCCAUGACCAUGUGGUGCCAGAGAAAGAUGCCCAUCCACAUGCAACUGCGUACGAUCUUACCAUGAUGGCCCUGUUAGCCGGCGUCGAGCGCACCGAGACGCAGUGGCGGGACUUGCUAUCCUCCGUGGGAUAUCGGGUGGUAAAAGUAUGGCGAUCCCCCUUGGCUGCACAGGCAAUCAUUGAGGCUGUCAUAGCAGAUUGA